AUGAACUCCAAUCUAAUUAUUCGGUAAUGAAAAGCGAAUAAAAAAAAAGUUUUUUUUUUUCAAAAGGGAUUGCAAUUUUGCGGACAUCUGAAAUAAUCUUCUUUGUGAUUUCGAGUGAGAGAGGACAGUGUCUGUUUUUUCUGUCUCUCUCCCUCUCGAACUUACAAUCAAAAUUUGAAACUUUGAAUUUUUUUUCUUCGGAGGAAACAAGAGACUUGUCCGUUUCUGGGUUUUGUUUUUUUUUUCUUGAUCUGAUCCUUUCUCCGAUCAUUUUGUAUUCUCUGAUGGGUUUCUGACUCUGGGUUCUUCGAAAGUUCUUCACUUUGGUGUUUCUUAACCCUUUAGCUAUGGCUAGGAAUGAGACCAAACUCAAGAGACUCUAUCAAGUUUGGAGAGGAAGCAAUAAAUUUAUAUGUUGUGGGAGGGUAAUCUUUGGUCCAGAUGCAUCAUCUCUAUACCUAACAACCAUCUUGAUCCUUGCUCCGGCGGCAACGUUCCUUGUAAAAAUGUACUUAAAAAUGGAAGACCAUCACACCAAGAAUCCAAAACUCUCUAUUCCAAUUCUCGCCGUGUGUUGGAUACUCACCCUAUUGGACAUAUUUUUCCUAUUCAUGACAUCUGGUCGAGACCCUGGGAUUGUGCCUAGAAGUUUAAAGCCACCUGAAUCAGAUGAUUUACCUGAAUCAACUACUCCUUCCAUGGAAUGGGUUAGUGGUAAAACCCCAAACAUAAGGUUACCAAGACUCAAAGAUGUAAAAGUUAAUGACCAUACCGUAAAAGUCAAAUUCUGUGACACUUGUUUGCUUUACCGUCCACCUCGUGCUUCUCAUUGUUCCAUCUGCAACAACUGUGUUCAGAGAUUUGAUCAUCAUUGUCCCUGGGUUGGUCAAUGCAUUGGACUGAGAAAUUACCGGUUCUUCUUCAUGUUUAUAUCAACAUCAACCACUCUAUGCAUAUAUGUGUUUGUGUUUUCUUGGUUGAACAUAUUUCAAAGACAUGUGGAUGAGAGGAUUAGCAUCUGGAAAGCUAUAUCCCAUGAUGUAUUAUCAGAUAUUCUCAUAGUUUACAGCUUCAUUACCGUUUGGUUUGUUGGUGGACUCACAAUAUUUCAUUCCUAUCUCAUCUGCACUAACCAGACUACUUAUGAGAAUUUCCGUUACCGUUAUGAUAAGAAGGAGAAUCCAUACAACAGAGGAAUAAUUGGGAACUUAAGGGAAAUUUUUCUCUCUAAGGUUCCUCCAUCCAUGAACAAGUUUAGAUCAUUGGUGAAGGAAGAAGACUAUAUGAUGGUUGAAACUCCUACUUCAAAUCCAGGCCAAAGUGUUAUUAACUCUAAAGAGAAGACUGAUAUUGAAAUGGGAGGUGGAAGAGUUGUUGAAGAGGGUAGAAAAAGUUCCUCACUCCCUGAGCUUCUCAGGAAUCUAAACUAUGAAGACCUUGAGGAUGAUUGUGAGGAAGAUGACUUGAAGGCUAAAGAUCAUCAUCAUCAUCACCAUCACCAUCACCAUCAUGAUCAGAAUGAGGGAAUCAUCCCUCCUUUUGACCCUUUUUUAACCAGUGAGAGUGGUGUUAACAAGGAUGAGGAAAAUGGACAAAAACCAAGUGGAUCUUCAAGUAAUGAUGAUGGAGAUGCAGAGAAACAAGUGUCCUAUGUUAGAGUCUCUAUUGAUGAUGAAGAAAAGGAUGAAGGGGAAGUGCUUGAAGCUGGAGAAGUGGACAUUGUUCUUUGUCAUUCUUUUAAUUGUGUUGUCAUAUAA